GGCGGCAGCGGCGGAGGCGACGGUGGCGGCUCUCCGAGCCGGCGCGAAUCCGGCCCCCGCAGCGGGACCCGGGCAGGUCUUGACGAGCCCUGCCUGGGCUGACGCGUGCGGAGGAUGGAAACACUUGCCCGGCAAUGUCUCUGGGCCGCCUCCUUCGCAGGGCCUCCUCCAAAGCCUCGGACCUCCUGACCCUCACCCCUGCUGGCAGCGGCAGCGGGUCCCCCUGUGUCCUGGAUGGAGAGAUCAUCUACUCCAAGAACAAUGUCUGCGUGCACCCGCCGGAGGGGCUGCAGGGGCUGGGGGAGCACCACCCAGGUUACCUGUGCUUGUACAUGGAGAAGGAUGAGAUGCUGGGAGCCACCCUUAUCCUGGCGUGGGUCCCCAACUCUCGCAUCCAGAGGCAGGACGAGGAGGCCCUACGCUACAUCACGCCCGAGAGCUCCCCCGUUCGCAAGGCACCCCGCCCUCGUGGCCGGCGCACCCGGAGCUCAGGAGCCUCCCACCAGCCCUCCCCCACGGAGCUGCGGCCCACCCUGACCCCAAAAGAUGAGGACAUCCUGGUGGUGACCCAGAGCAUUCCGGACGGCGUGCUCGCCAGCCCUGCGCCGGAGGACGAGGAGAAGCUGGCUCAGGGCUUGGGGGUGGAUGGUGCCCAGCCGGCCUCGCAGCCUGCGCGCAGCCCCUCUGGGAUCUUGUCGACAGUCAGUCCGCAGGAUGUCACCGAGGAGGGGCGGGAGCUGCGGCCCGAGGCCGGGGAGGAGGAUGGCUCCUUGGAACUGUCAGCUGAGGGCGUGAGCAGAGACAGCUCCUUCGACUCAGACUCAGAUGCCUUCUCCUCGCCCUUCUGCCUCUCGCCCAUCAGCGCGGCACUGGCCGAGAGCCGCGGCUCCGUGUUUCUGGAAAGCGACAGCAGCCCCCCAUCCAGCUCCGACACCGGCCUGCGGUUCCCGGACAGCAACGGCCUCCUGCAGACCCCGCGCUGGGACGAGCCGCAGCGGGUGUGCGCCCUAGAGCAGAUCUGUGGCGUGUUCCGCGUGGACCUGGGCCACAUGCGCUCCCUCCGCCUUUUCUUCAGCGACGAGGCCUGCACCAGCGGCCAGCUGGUCGUCGCCAGCCGAGAGAGCCAGUACAAGGUCUUCCACUUCCACCACGGUGGCCUGGACAAGCUGUCCGACGUGUUCCAGCAGUGGAAAUACUGCACCGAGAUGCAGCUCAAAGACCAGCAGGUCGCCCCUGAUAAGACAUGCAUGCAGUUCUCCAUCCGCCGCCCCAAACUGCCGUCCUCCGAGACGCACCCCGAGGAGAGCAUGUACAAGAGGCUCGGCGUCUCUGCCUGGCUCAACCACCUGAACGAGCUGGGCCAGGUGGAGGAGGAGUACAAGCUGCGGAAGGCCAUUUUCUUUGGCGGCAUUGAUGUGUCAAUCCGGGGGGAGGUCUGGCCCUUCCUGCUGCGCUAUUACAGCCACGAGUCCACGUCGGAGGAGCGGGAGGCGCUGCGGCUGCAGAAGCGAAAGGAGUACUCUGAGAUCCAGCAGAAAAGGCUCUCCAUGACCCCUGAGGAGCACAGAGCAUUCUGGCGCAAUGUGCAGUUCACUGUGGACAAAGACGUGGUCCGGACCGAUCGGAACAACCAGUUCUUCCGAGGGGAAGACAAUCCCAACGUGGAGAGCAUGAGGAGGAUCUUACUGAACUAUGCCGUGUACAACCCUGCCGUCGGCUAUUCCCAGGGGAUGUCGGACCUGGUGGCGCCCAUCUUGGCCGAGGUCCUGGAUGAAUCAGACACCUUCUGGUGCUUUGUGGGUUUGAUGCAGAACACAAUCUUUGUCAGCUCCCCUCGGGACGAGGACAUGGAGAAACAACUGCUAUACCUUCGGGAGCUGCUGCGGCUGACACACGUGCGCUUCUACCAGCACCUGGUCUCGCUGGGUGAGGACGGCCUGCAGAUGCUCUUCUGCCACCGCUGGCUCCUGCUGUGCUUCAAGCGGGAGUUCCCCGAGGCUGAAGCGCUGCGGAUCUGGGAAGCCUGCUGGGCCCACUACCAGACCGACUACUUCCACCUUUUCAUCUGCGUGGCCAUCGUGGCCAUCUACGGGGAUGAUGUCAUCGAGCAGCAGCUGGCCACGGACCAGAUGCUCCUGCACUUCGGAAACCUGGCCAUGCAUAUGAACGGGGAGCUCGUUCUCCGGAAGGCGAGGAGUUUGCUGUACCAGUUCCGCCUCCUGCCCCGGAUCCCCUGCAGCCUGCACGAUCUGUGUAAGCUGUGCGGGACAGGCAUGUGGGACAGCGGCUAUAUGCCCGCGGUGGAGUGCACCGGCCACCAUCCAGGCUCGGAGAGCUGUCCCUAUGGGGGCACGGUGGAGAUGCCUUCCCCCAAGCCCCUGAGGGAAGGCAAGAAGGGCCCAAAGACGCCGCAGGACGGCUUCGGCUUCCGCAGAUAGGUCGGCCCCUGGCACUGGACAGGGGUUGAGGGGACCUCCCCAGAGGCCCCGGGCACGGGAGGGGGUGGGGCUGGGCAUGAAGGGGACAGGGGAUGGUAGAAACCUAAGGAAAAUGCUUUUGGGCAACUUGAGAGGAACCUUUUCAUACUAACGACAAAAUUAGAGUCCGGAAGUGACAGAAGUCAGACCUGCAGCCACCCAGAGGAAAGUCAGCUCCUGAAACGCUGCAGUGGAACGCGUGGCCACCGCACCUGAGACGCAGGCUGGCUGGACUCUCCUGCUGGCUGCCCUGGAGGAUUUCAACACGUCCCAGGAUUUGCUCCAGCCUCACGGGCAGCCAGACAGCAUCACCAGGCAAUGAGGAAAGCAGAGACAGGAGAGGAAGGCCUCACUCACCCACCGCAUCGAGGGCUGCAGAACAGAGCGGGGUCCUGUCCAGGGCCGGAGACAUCUUUGCAAGCCAGACACACCUCCUCAUGGGACCUCGUUCUCUCGGAGUGAGCCAAACACACUUCCCAAAGCUUCCCCAGCCACAGCUGGGAUGCUGAUGGAAAGACAUCUGCCAUAAAAAAAAAGAAAAAGAAAAAGAUAAAAAGCUCAACCCAUAUGGGGAUAGAGAGGUGGAAGAGCAGCCAGGUUUGAGGAGCUGGGGCUUGUAAUGUUCAUCCAUUUAAACAUUUCGUCCUCCCGGUACACGAAGGGAACUCCCUGCCCAGGAGCCUGAGCCUCAGGCUGUUGGAGAAGCAUCCGAUGUCUUUUUCUUAGCUGGGGGUCUUCUACGCGAGGUUCCUUGGCGUUGUUUAAGGUCAGCUCCACCAAAUACAGCAACCAGCUGGGGCUUGAGUGGGUUGAUGUGUGCGUGUGUCCCUGCGUGCGUGCAUGCAUGCGGGUUUGUGUUUGCAAGGUCCUCUGACGAUGAUCUGCCUUGUCCCAGGGACACGGUAGUCUAUUAGCUGACCAACCAAGACAAGGACACCUGGAAGUAGUUAGACUCUUCCACUUUCCUGCAGGACCUGUGAACUCAGAUGUGUGAGUCAGCUGCUCAGGUGAUCGGACAUGAGAGCGACCAGUGAAGGAGUCGGCACUCAGGGCUCUCCGCUUUCUAUGUGGGAGUGAGGUCUUCCCAACAGACUCUUCCCUACUCCAAAAGAUUGUCUAUCAGUUGCUCCUUCUGGGAUUUAGAGAUGGACAGACAAGAGCGUGGGAUCUAUGCUGUGAGAGUUCCCUCCCAGCCAGCUUAGAAGUGUCGAGCCAUCUGCACAGAAAGCCACUCCUUCAGCAAGAAGACCAAAUCCCUCCUGAAAUCCUCCAUCGCGUCCUUCUGGGGAGAAGAGCCCUUGAUGUGCUGAGAACCAUCAUGGGGACCGGGACCGAGGGCUUCUUCCCACUCGAAGCUUUUCUCCCUGGAGGGUGGGCACUGCUGGGCCAUGCCACUUCAAAGCAGUGUUUCUCAGCAGGAAAGAGGAGGUCACCACUCCUCCUCCUCCUCGGCUUCUCUUUUCUCCAUGAACCCAGGUCCUCCAGCAGGCACUUCCAAGUUCCCAGGUCUGUCUGCCCAAGAGCCUUUUGGGGAGUCAGUGCCCCCGUCCUGGGGUACCGACCAUUUCUGCCUAGCAGUAGGGGGUCCUGCAGUGGGAGUGGGGUGGGCUUCUCAUCCACGUUGCUUCUGCGAAGUGAGGGUUGCCUUUGUGGGCUAGGGCGGCGGUUAGAACUUCUGCCCUGACCCUCUGCUGGAAACCAGUUAUAUCCAUUGCCACCGCAAUACUGUGUAACAAAUCCCCCAACGCUCCGUGGCCUGCAACAAUCAGCACUGAUCUGGAGCAGGAGUCAGCAGUUUGGGGUGGGGUGAUUCUUCUGGUCUAGGCUGAGCUUGCUUGUUUAGAGCCAGUGGGCUGUUAAGUCCCAGGGGCUGCUUAUGGUGCAGAGGUCAGACCUGGCCCUGCUCUGUGGUCUCUUGCAUCCCUCCCGCAGGCCAGCCAUGGCAGAGCCAAAGGCAAGGAGGGAGAGACGGCAAGUGCCUUUCCAAGCCUAGGCAGACACCGCACCUGCAGCCCUCCCCUUGGCCACAGCAAAUCACGUGGCUGGGCUCAGCAUUAAGGGGUGGGGGACAGACCUGCCACUUUAGCAUCCCCUCUGCACAGUUGGGUGGCAGUAGGCUGAGAAUUUGGAGAGCUGAAGAACUGGGACUCUGGAGAGUCUGUGUCCUAAUAAUGCCUGCUUUGGAGCACUCCUUCCCCACUCACCCUCUCCAGGAGAACAGCGUUCCUGAUCCUAGCAUUUCACUAGAUACCUCGUGCCUUUGAGCUGCUGUGUUUGGGAGGGAGGAAGAGGGUAGGCAGGUCCAGGGCUCCCCUCACUUAGGAAGGUCCUAGUAGAAGGCAUUCCUUCUGAGCCUCCUGGCCCUACAGCUUCUCACUCCUGCUGCUCCCCAAGACCUGACCCAGACCAGUCAGCUGCAUCUCUGCACCAAGUACCACCCCCGCCGUGCACUGCUUGCACCUCACGCUCCCCAUGGGCUGGCCGGGACCCCAGUGAGGUCUGCACCUCUCCCACCUGCCAGGACCUCGGAAGCCGUGACCUGGAUGUUCAGGGCUUGGUGGAGGAGACGCUGCUCGGGGGGAUGGAGAAGCCCCGCCCCUCCGCAACUCCCUUAAUCUGGAUGCAAUUAGAGGAAACCAGCCAAAAACCCUGCGGCAGCUGUUGCCCCGGGAUUAUUCCCAGCCAGCGAGAGGCAUUAGGGCGAUAAUUCAGUCAUUAGACUUCUAGCCUUCCCACCGCCAGAACGUGCAAAUAGGGGAUAAUCAGCCCUGCACGGCCAUCCUCAGCAAUGCUGCUUAUUUAACCCAUUUUUUAAAAUGACACUUAAUGUUA